GCUGUAUCAGUAAGAUGAACUACUUGCUGGCACUAAUUGGCGCUCUGUGCCUCGUGGGCGGAAUCCACGCCGAUUCACUAACCGACACGAUCAAUGGCAACUUAACGCUUCAGUUAACAAAUUUUACCACUUCGCUUACAACGAUAAAUGCCACGAUCACCGCUGCGGAUAAAAAUACUAUCAAAGCUUGGAACAAUUGGGGCAACACAACCAUAAACAAUUUAACAGCUAUUUAUAACCGCUUCAAAACCUACCCCAUUGAUUUUACCUCACUAACUAGUGUUAUAUCUAGUCUUACUUCUACAUUGAACACUUCGCAACCCACGCUUUUCGCGAGUGACACUUCGUUGUUCAGCAAUUAUGCACCUCAAAUUUCACAGCAAAUUAACGAUACCGGAAGUCUGCUUCUUACGGCUGCUGCCAACAUGAGUUCGCAAAUAACUUGCACCAAUGAUUUUGCUGCCAGCUGCUAUAAGAAAUAUGGUGCUAAUCUAACCGCCAGCCCGAUCUUACUGAGUCGUUACGUGGGCUGUGUAACAGCAGAAAAUACACGCAUCGCCAACAUUGGAAUUAACGUCACUGGUCAAAUCAACAGCACUAUGGCCACGGUGCAAACCUACCUGAAUUUGCUAAACAUUUGCAAUAUACCAACAGUCGCAUCCUUAGCUUCAUCACAGCCACCAUCUCUUCAGUGCUUGACGACGUUCUUGAAUAAUCUAAGCCGUUCGCAAAUUACCUAUUGGGGGUAUGCAGUUGACUCCGUCCGUUAUCAACAAACCGGCAUGGUUUAUUUCCGAAUUCAGCGUUGCGCAAAACUUGUAAGUUUGGACAUCCAGGACGCGGUAGCCCGUGUGCAGAACAGUUUUACAUCAUGCUUAUCCACGGGUGUUUGAGGAUGCUACCAUGUGAAACAUGUAAAUAACGGCAGUGAAGUAUUCAAGAAAAUAAAAUCAAAAAAUGCUUUGACAAUAUCGA